AUGGCGACCAACGGUCAAGUCAACGGCGCUGCCGUUAAUGAGCCGCAUAAAUCGUUUGACACGAUCCUCGUCCUCGAUUUUGGAUCUCAGUACUCUCAUCUGAUCACUCGGAGGCUCAGAGAGAUCAACGUCUAUUCUGAAAUGCUGCCAUGUACCCAGAAGAUCGCAGAACUGCCCUGGAAACCAACCGGAGUCAUUCUCUCGGGCUCGCCCUACUCGGUCUAUGAUGCAGAUGCGCCGCAUGUCGACCCAGCUGUCUUUGAACUAGGUGUUCCCAUCCUCGGCAUAUGCUAUGGGCUUCAAGAGCUGGCCUGGCACCACGGCAAGAACGUGGCGGCCGGUGACAAGAAAGAGUACGGGCACGCCUAUCUGAACAUUCAGCGGCACACUGGCAAGCAGGAACAUAUCGACAGACUUUUCGAAGGCCUGGACGACCAGACUGAAGUUUGGAUGAGCCAUGGAGACAAGCUUUCCAAAUUGCCCGAUAGCUUCGAACCCAUUGCGAGCACCAAGAAUGCCCCUUUUGCAGGUAUCGCGAGUACGGAUAAGCCUUAUUUUGGCAUCCAAUUCCAUCCCGAGGUGACGCAUACUCCUUGUGGGAAGGAAGUGAUCAAGAACUUUGCAGUCAACAUCUGCAAGGCGCGCCAAGAAUGGAGCAUGGAGGCCUUUGUUGACAAGGAGAUCGAACGAAUCCGCGCUACUGUCGGACCCAAGGGCCAAGUGAUUGGAGCCGUUAGCGGAGGUGUCGACUCGACAGUCGCUGCUAAGCUGAUGCAACAGGCCAUUGGCGAUCGCUUCCAUGCUGUGCUGGUCGACAACGGCGUGCUGCGCAUGGACGAGGCCAAGACUGUGGAGAAGAGGCUGCGAGAACACCUUCAGAUCAACCUUGAAGUAGUAGAUGCAACUGAUUUGUUCCUUGGUAAGCUCAAAGGGGUGGCCGACCCGGAAAAGAAGCGCAAGAUCAUUGGCAACACCUUCAUCGAGAUCUUCCAGGACAAAGCCAAGGCUAUUGCGAAAGCCGCGGAGCAGACACCAAGUGCCGGCGAUAUCGAGUUUCUGCUGCAAGGCACACUCUACCCAGACGUCAUCGAAAGCAUUUCUUUCAAAGGCCCUUCAGCCACUAUCAAGACCCACCACAAUGUGGGAGGUUUGCUCAAAGAUAUGCACUUGAAGCUUAUUGAGCCACUUCGAGAGCUUUUCAAAGACGAGGUCAGAGCACUUGGAACUACUCUUGGCAUCCCCGAGGAAUUGGUCUGGAGACAUCCCUUCCCAGGACCGGGUUUGGCUAUCCGUAUCCUCGGGGAGAUCAACGAGGAGCAGCUUCGAAUCGCUCGCGAGGCGGACAAAAUCUUCAUCGACGAGAUCGUGGCAGCCGGCCUGUACCGGAAGACCUCGCAAGCAUUCGCUGCUCUGUUGCCGGUCAAGGCUGUGGGUGUCAUGGGCGACAAGAGAGUGCAUGCACAGGUCAUCGCUCUCCGCGCAGUGGAGACGACGGAUUUCAUGACGGCAGACUGGUAUCCCUUCGAUGGCGAGUUCUUGAAGCGUGUCAGUCGUAGGAUUGUUAACGAGGUCGAUGGCGUCUGUCGAGUCGUUUACGAUGUCACCAGCAAGCCGCCUGGCACCAUAGAAAUGGAGUAA